UUGUGAGGGCUGGGUCUGGUCCGGAUGAAACGCUAGGUUCCUUCCCAUCCCUGAGUCUGGCUCGGAAAGCGCGCCAUUGGCAUCUUGCCACCCCAAGUGCCCCUAGACAGCCACACGCCCACUGGAACUGCACGUGAACAAAGCUUUCGCCCCGAGAGCCACCGACUGCGGCUUCUCAGCGCAAUCUAGAUUCUCUGCGGAGUGUAGGGUGAACACAGGGUUAAGCUAGUUCCCUCCUUGAUGGGAGGGAAAGGAGUGGGAGGUGAAGGAAGCUUUCGGUCUUGCCCGGUACCUUGGCAGUUAGUUGUACAUUUGAAAGCAGUCGCCAUCACUUGUGAGUUUGGCGUCAUCCAUUGUCACCACCGAGGAAUGUGCGCUGGGAGAUAACACCGAGUGCAGGGCUUCUCACACACGCAGCAGAGCUCUCUCUGCUUCCAGGUGCGCUCCUAGCUGGUCCUUGGCGCCGAAUUUCCGGCACCCGGAGGCAGCACCGCAGAACCGGUCACCGAGUCCUCCGAACCUCAGGAUCAAGCUGGCAGUUCUCAACGAUGGGCAGGAGGGACCUCAGCGGCGACCCCUAAAACAAUACCAUGCCCGGAGAGUCCCUCGGCUGCCGCACCAGCUUCUUCCCUUUCCACCUCCCCGACCCGGUCGGCUUCGGAUGAGCUAAGGAGACAAGGCUACCAGAUUACAGACUCUGCUUAACCAAGAAAUUCCUAGGCUGCUCUACCCUGGCCUGACUCAUUAUAGAAGAAGGAAGAUUUGCCUGCCUGGCGGGACUUCUCUUGACAGUACUUGGCAUCACGCUUUGCUUGUGUUGAAAAUUCUUCCUGUUGAGUCAUUUUGCACAAGGAGGACCACUUCGUGAGGGCAACCUAGGGAGAUCAGACUGAAAACAUCAGAAAGAUUGUUUUACCAUUGUCCCUCGGAUCAUUUCCUCUAACAGAAGUGCUAGACUUUGACAGAACCUGGUCCAGUCAUUUGGAUUUUGCUUUCUGGUUUUUGCUAUUGUUUGUUGCGCUUUUGUUUUUGAUUUUUUCCCCCCCAUAUCACUUAGUAUUUUAUUUCUUUUCUUCAGAAAUGGGCCUGCAGACUGCAAAGUGGCCCAGCCAUGGGACUUUUGUUCUAAAAUUUUGGCUCAUCAUGUCCCUGGGACUGUACUCACAUGUGUCAAAACUCCUGGCCUGCCCUAGUGUGUGCCGAUGUGACAGGAACUUUGUCUACUGUAAUGAGAGAAGCUUGACCUCAGUGCCUCUUGGGAUCCCGGAGGGCGUAACCGUACUCUACCUCCACAACAACCAAAUUAAUAAUGCUGGAUUUCCUGCAGAGCUGCACAACGUACAGUCAGUGCACACGGUCUACCUUUACGGCAACCAACUGGAUGAAUUCCCCAUGAACCUCCCCAAGAACGUCAGAGUUCUCCAUCUGCAGGAAAACAACAUUCAGACCAUCUCGCGGGCUGCUCUUGCUCAGCUCCUCAAGCUGGAAGAACUACACCUAGAUGACAACUCCAUAUCUACAGUGGGAGUGGAAGACGGGGCCUUCCGGGAGGCGAUAAGCCUCAAACUGUUGUUUUUAUCAAAGAAUCACUUGAGUAGCGUGCCUGUUGGGCUCCCCGUAGACUUGCAAGAGCUGAGAGUGGAUGAAAACCGAAUCGCGGUCAUUUCAGACAUGGCCUUUCAGAACCUCACAAGCUUGGAGCGUCUGAUCGUGGAUGGGAAUCUCCUGACCAACAAGGGCAUCGCUGACGGUACCUUCAGCCAUCUCACCAAGCUCAAGGAAUUUUCCAUAGUCCGGAACUCGCUCUCCCACCCGCCUCCCGACCUCCCAGGUACGCAUCUGAUCAGGCUCUACUUACAGGAUAACCAGAUAAACCAUAUCCCAUUGACAGCCUUCGCAAACCUCCGUAAGCUGGAAAGGCUCGAUAUAUCCAAUAACCAGCUACGAAUGCUAACUCAAGGAGUCUUCGAUCAUCUCUCCAACCUGAAACAACUCACCGCUCGGAAUAACCCUUGGUUUUGCGACUGCAGCAUUAAAUGGGUCACCGAAUGGCUCAAAUAUAUCCCUUCUUCUCUCAAUGUGCGUGGUUUCAUGUGCCAAGGUCCCGAGCAAGUCCGGGGGAUGGCUGUCAGGGAGUUGAAUAUGAAUCUCUUGUCUUGUCCCACCACGACUCCCGGCCUACCUGUCUUUACCCCAGCUCCCAGUACAGUGUCUCCAACAACUCAGUCUCCCACUGUCUCUGUUCCAAGCCCCAGCAGAGGCUCGGUGCCUCCAGCUCCUACCCCAUCCAAACUUCCCACCAUCCCAGACUGGGAUGGCAGAGAAAGAGCGACCCCACCUAUUUCUGAAAGGAUCCAACUUUCCAUCCACUUCGUUAAUGAUACUUCAAUUCAAGUCAGCUGGCUGUCUCUCUUUACGGUGAUGGCCUACAAACUGACGUGGGUGAAAAUGGGCCACAGUCUCGUAGGGGGAAUCGUUCAGGAACGCAUUGUCAGCGGUGAGAAGCAGCACCUGAGCUUGGUUAAUUUAGAGCCCAGAUCCACGUACAGGAUUUGUUUAGUGCCACUGGACGCGUUCAACUACCGCACUGUGGAAGAUACCAUCUGUUCCGAGGCCACCACCCACGCCUCUUAUUUCAACAAUGGCAGCAACACUGCGUCUAGCCAUGAGCAAACAACUUCCCACACCAUGGGGUCCCCUUUUCUGCUCGCGGGCUUGAUCGGGGGUGCGGUGAUUUUUGUGCUCGUGGUCCUGCUCAGUGUCUUUUGUUGGCACAUGCACAAGAAGGGACGCUACACCUCCCAGAAGUGGAAAUACAACCGGGGCCGACGGAAAGAUGACUAUUGUGAGGCAGGUACCAAAAAGGACAACUCCAUCUUGGAGAUGACAGAAACGAGUUUUCAGAUUGUCUCCUUAAAUAACGAUCAGCUCCUUAAAGGAGAUUUCAGACUGCAGCCCAUUUAUACCCCAAAUGGGGGCAUUAAUUACACAGACUGCCACAUCCCCAACAACAUGAGAUACUGCAACAGCAGUGUGCCCGACCUGGAGCAUUGUCACACGUAACAGCCUAGAGGUCCAGCGUUAGAAAGGUGGACAACCGAACUCUCAAGAACACACACACGUGUGCACACAAAGACACGCAGAUUACAUUUGAUAAAUGUUACCCAGAUGCAUUUGUGCAUUUGAAUACUCUGUAAUUUAUACGGUGUACUAUAUAAUGGGAUUUAAAAAAAAAGUGCUAUCUUUUCUAUUUCAAGUUAAUUACAGUUUUGUAACUCUUUGCUUUUUAAAAUUAAAAAAAAAAUGUUGCUGAAGUACUGUACGGGGUUGUACAAUGAGAACCCAAUGCCAAGGCAGAAGAACGAGUGAUUCAUCCUUAAGAUGCAUAUUAACCACUUCGCUGUUGAGGCUGUCAGAAUAAAUUCCUUUUCUAGAGCGGAUAGUCAUGCGAAAGGAUAAUGUCAGAUGGGCUCGCCAGAGUAAGAGGGAGAGUUUGAGUGAAGAAAGAAUGGCCUAGUUAUUUCUAUAUUUUCUAUACCUCUUGAAUGAAACACUUUGUGGAAAAAAUCUAUAAUCUAAUAAUCAAGGUAGUUAUUCCAGUUUGACUGAGUGCAGGAAAUAAAGAGAAUAUCGCGAUGAAGCCAGUUCCCAUGAGAUAAGUUAGGCCUACUUGACCAAAUCAAGGAAACUGCGAGAUUUGAAAUGUCCUUAAAGCCCCAAGGUUGGCUUUUUGACUGUGAACUUGAAAAUCACUCUUCAGGCUUCCCUGGCCUUAUGCGAUAACAGAUUGGAAACCUGAAUCUCCUUCUAGUUGUCUUGUAUCAUCAAUUCUAGCAAGAAAAUUCCCCUCAAAACUGUCACUGUUCAAAUCACAUGGCAGGUUGAAUCUUACCCAACAGAGUUAUAUUCUAGAAUAAUUUUUUAGAAGAGGCUAAUAAAAAAUAAUGGGAAAAUUAUAUUGAAUGGAAUUAUUUUUGAUAAUGAAAAUUAUUUGGGUAUAUUCACUAAAGCUAUAUCAACAUGAUAUUUAGACCAACAAAGGAGCAGUGUUCAGAAUCUAUUACGGUAAUGUGUUGAUUUCAAAAGUACUAAGGACAUUUAGGCAAAAAUAUCUGUGGUUCUCUUUCACUGUGUCAACAGACUUUGUUAGUACCAUGUUGAAAUAGCUUGAAUUAAUACCUGUAUUCUCCCUCAAAUUCUUGUCUUCCGAUCAUCUUGCAUAUAUUUGUUUUGUAAUUAAGUUGUAUAUGCCAUCUCCCCCCUGCCCCUUGUUGGGUAUUUCAAAGAAAAAUAUGGAUGCAAGUUUUGGUUGCACAAAUAUUCCUGUGUAUUUUUGCAUAGUAAAUUCCAUAUUACCGUUCAUUGCCAAUGAUUCUGUGAAGGCACCCAAGCUGGCCAAAACAAUGAGUACUGUUAAAAGCAAUACUGUGUUUUCAUUUUGAAUGAACUUUGCUCCUGUUCCAAACAGAAAUUCCAUUUGUUCCUUUUAGAUUGUGGAUCCUUCUCUAAUUUGGUAAUUUCAGAACAAUAAUCAACCAUAUGGUAAAAGACCACCAGUAAAAACGAGUAACUCAGAGAAUGAAAGUUUCCCCAAAUCAUGGCAGACAAGGGCCAAAAGCAGAGGGCAUGGUAGGAGAGAAGUAUAUUCAUGGUUGAUUCUAGAUAUUUUUCAAGCAAGUCCAUUUUCAGGAAACAGGCAUAAUUUACCCUAAUUCUUGUCAUCACAUAGGUGUAGAAGGGCUAUAGACCUCAUGUACUGUCUAAAAAAAUUCACCCUUGGGGAUUUUUUUUUCAAACCCACUUUUAUGUAUUUCAUUCUCUGCUCCUUGACAAUCAUCCUCCACCUUAGGGACUCAUGAAAUCAAUGCCAUACUCUCUCUCUCUCUCUCUCUCUCUCUCUCUCUCUCUCUCUCUCUCUCUC